AUGUUUUCUAAAUGUAUGAACUCUUUUCGAUAUUUUGAGGGUUAUGUUAAGAGGAUUAUGAAUAUGGAUACAUCAAAUAUUAUAGGAAAACAAAGUAUAAUUGAAGGCCAAGCAGAAAUACGCGUGUCUUCUGAAAAGGUCUUUUAUAACCCAGUUCAGGAGUUUAACAGAGACUUGAGUAUUGCUGUGUUGUCCGUUUUUAUAAACGAUUAUAGAAAAGAAAAAGCUUUUAAGAAGUGUGAAAAAUUAAAAUCAGAGGGAAUAGAUUUUGAAGACAGUCAUGAUGUAUGUGUAAAUAAGAUUCCAGUUACAAUUCUAGAAGCAUUAUCAGCUACAGGUCUCAGAAGCAUCAGGUAUGCAAAAGAAGUAUCAAAUGUCACUAAGAUAAUAGCAAAUGAUUUGUCAGAGCAAGCUGUAGAGACUAUAAAGGACAACAUUGUGUAUAACAGUGUAGAUAAUGUUAUUGAAACAAGUCAUGAUGAUGCUUGCAUGCUUAUGUACAAACACAAACAUCAUUCAAAAAGAUUUACAGCAAUUGAUCUGGAUCCAUAUGGAUGCCCUUCCAUAUUCUUAGAUUCAGCUGUACAGAGUGUACAAGAUGGUGGGUUAUUGCUUGUGACUGCAACAGAUAUGGCUGUCUUGGCUGGAAACUCGCCAGAAACAUGCUAUGUUAAAUAUGGUGCCAUUAGUCUAAAAACCAAGUGUUGUCAUGAAAUGGCAUUAAGGAUAUUACUUCAAAGUAUAGAGCACCAUGCAAACAGAUACAGUAGGUUUAUAGAACCUAUACUGAGCAUAUCGGCUGAUUUUUAUAUAAGAGUAUUUGUCAAAAUCUACUCUGGUGCAUUUCAUUGUAAGAAAACUACAAGCAAACUUUCAAUGGUAUACCAGUGUGUGGGGUGUGACAAUUUAACACUGCAACCACUGGGUGCUUUUAAACCAAACCCAACUGAAAAAAAUCCAGAUCAAGUGAAGAGUUUUCUGCCAAGUGUACCACCAGUUGGUGAAUUCUGUGUUCACUGCAAUCAGAGACAUCAUCUAGGUGGUCCCAUCUGGUCAGCACCAAUACAUAAUGUUGAUUUUGUUUCUCGGGUUCUAAACCAUGUUGAAGAAAACUCUCAUAAGUUUGGCACAGCUAAGAGGAUUCAAGGGAUCUUGUCUAUGGUGCAAGAGGAGUUGCAGGACACGCCUUUAUAUUAUAUCCUGGAUAAACUUUUUGGGAGAGUACAUUUGGAGACUAUGCCUAUGUUGAGAAUGAGGUCUGCCAUACUAAAUGCUGGGUACCAAGUUUCAUUUUCGCAUGCAGCUAAAUUAUCAAUAAAGACUAAUGCGCCCGCACACAUCAUAUGGGACAUUAUCAGAACUUGGGAGAAAACUCACCCUGUUAAAGCAUCUAAAUUAGAAUCAGAUGCAACAGCCAAAUACAUUUUAAGUCAGGAUAUAAAGAACACAGUAGAUUUAACAGAGAGAACUGAUGCUAAUCCAUCAAGUAGACGAAAUGGUGCUUUACGAUUCCAGUUUAAUCCUACACGAUAUUGGGGACCUGGAUCUAGAGCCUCUAUAAAUGUUGGUGAAGAAAAGAUGUCGAAGGCGGUUAAAAAUCAAAACAAGAAAAGUAAAAAGCAGGAGAAACGAGAACAUUCGCCACGCAGUGAAGACGACGGGGCGCGCAAAAAACAAUAUGUUGUAGAAGAAUCUGUGGAUUAA